AACGUUGAUGUUGCCGUCGAGCCCAACCUCGACGAGUACGUCCAAACGGCCGAAUUUGACAACGAGUGUCAUGAAAAGGCUCUUAUUCUCGCCAACUCGUCCUCCGACGAGGGCAGUAACUCUGAGGAUGACCUCUGGUUUAGCGACGAUAGUGUCUCGAGUGCCACGAUUGCCGAACCUAGCCCGUAUGACGUUCCCAAAAUUGAGGCCCAUCUUUACUACGCUGGCUUGGGACCUAAGGGACGCGGACCCAAGCUCAUCUACAGAACGUCCGAGGACGUUUUUGAAGCACCUUCUGGUCCUGAGGCGUACACGCGUCUCAUGAGGAUUGUCGCGGUUCCGGAUACCUUUGAGCUUGGUACGGAUGUUACGUGGGAUAAGGUUAGGGAUCAGGUCGUGAUGCUGCUCAACCAAAGGAACAUCAAAGUAGCGCUCGUCGAUUUCGUCCGAUUUACUUGGUUGAAGAAGCCAGUGGACCGAGAGAUCGACGAGGACGACGAGGACGACGAUGCGAAGGAAGAGGAAGAGCUGAACUAUGACGACAUCCCCCGCAUCCAGACCGUCGAGGACGGAGACCGCCAUUACACCAACCCAACAAUCUGGAUCGCAGUCUUGCCCGAUACGCUCACCGGUAGCGUUGCUCAUGUCUCCUCCCUCGACAUCCGUGCCUACUUCAACUCGCUCGGCACCCAGAACGUCGACAUCGCCUUCAGGGAGUCGACCUACAAGCUGUCGCUCGCUCACGGCCCAGCCCUUUUUCCCCCUGCCGAAGACGGUGACUCUCUCAAGGACGUCAUUGACAAUGUCUCUGUUGCCCUCAGUCUUCCUAUCGCCGGUCGUAAGACGACAAUGCAGGGCACUCUGGGCCCUUAUUUCCACGUCGGGAACAAACUCUACGCCAUCACCGUCCGCCAUAAUCUCUUCGUGCUCAGUGGAGACAACGACGAGUAUCGGUACCAUGAAUCCGCGCAGAAGAAGGAAGUCCUGGUCAUGGGCUCUCUAGCGUUCAACAACUUUUUGGCAUCCAUCCAAGCUCUGAUAGGCACACUUAUCGACGCUGCCGAGAGUCUCCGCAAGAAGAUUACGACGUUUAGAGGCCGGGUCGAAAACGGAAUCGACGUGGUCGAGUCGCAGAGGAAGCUGGACGAGCACGAGAGCGAGCUGGUCAAAACCCGUACCAAGAUUAACGAUCUCAAAAUCUUCUUCGUCGAUAUCAAGAAGAAGUGGAGCAAGGCCAAGGACCGAGUUAUCGGAUUCGUCCGCUGGGCUCCCCCCAUUGGUGUGGGCGUCGCCCCUUACCGCUACACGCGCGACCUCUGCGUCAUCGAGCUCUACAAGGACAAGUUCAUGUCUAUGAUCGGGAACGUCUUGAGCCUUGGUGCUCGCUUAUCUCAGCUGUGCUUCUCCCUCCCCUUUUCUCUUCCAGGUCCCGAGAUGUCCGAGGCGAAGCUGAAGUCGCUGAUUUACGAGCGCGUGGACGUCCCCUCAGAGUUCAAGUAUCCUGGAAACGGUCUCCUUACUCUCGGAGGCAUCCUGACCGCCGACCAAAUCAACCACCCCACCACCCUGAACCUCCAAGGCGAUCGCGUUCGUCGUGUUCUCAAGCGUGGAUUCACCACCAACACCACCGUCGGAACACUCACAAAGUUUAUGUCGUUUGUCCGACAAUACUUCCCGACCGGCAACGUCGAGUCGCUCGAGAUCGCCAUCCUCCCCCACGAGCAGGACUCGGGCACCUUCUCCAAGGGCGGUGACUCGGGAUCCCUUAUCGUCUCCACCCUCGGCGAAUUCGUUGCCCUGCUCACAGGCGGUUCCAACAAAGGUACAGAUGGAUCUGACAUCACCUACGGCACUCCCUUUGAGUGGGUGUGGGAGCUCGUUAAGGCCGAGUUCCCCGGGGCCGACUUGUAUUUCAACAACCUUCCAGAGUUCCUCGCCGACAUGGCUUAG